AGAGCGCGCGUGUGAUGUGUUUGUGUAUCCUCAGUGUUUUUCUCUCUUGCGUGUUUCAAUGGGUGUAAACAGAGUCUUGUCUUUGUGUAUUUAAGUGUUGAGACGUUGAUGAUGAGACGUGCGGGGCUGUAAUUCUGUCUGUAACGCUGGAGAACAGCAGCAGAUCCUGCAGACCAAACUGAAGAUGUGUUCAGUUAAACUCAUCGACUGCACGAACCUCAUGAUGAAGAUCAAAACUGAACCCACAGAAAUCAAAACUGAACCCACAGAAAUCAAAACGGAACCCACAGAAAUCAAAACGGAACCCACAGAAAUCAAAACGGAACCCACAGAAAUCAAAACGGAACCCACAGAAAUCAAAACUGAACCCACAGAAAUCAAAACUGAACCCACAGAAGAGGAAGAUCUCACUGAUGAAGAUGAUGAUUUUAUUCCAUCAGAUGUGAAGAGUGAUUCAUGUUUGAAUAUAGAAAUAACGUCCUCAACAUCAAAAGAGCGACUGACAGCACAAACUCUUUCCUGCAUCACCUGUGGAAAGACAGUCAGCUCACAGAGACAUUUAGAGAGACAUGAGAGAAAACACACAGAACAGAAACUCUUCACCAGAUCUGAGAUCAGCUUUACUACCUUCCAAGAGAAGAAACUUCAUUCAGAAGACCACAGAGAGAAGAAGAAGAGGAAGAGGAAGAAGAUGAAGAAGAAAAAGCAGUUUCACUGUGAGCAGUGUGGGAGGAUUUGUGUCUCUUCCUAUAAACUAAAUAUUCACAUGAGGACACACAGUGGUGAAAAGCCUUUCAUUUGCACUGAAUGUGGAAAAUACUUCAAAACCAAAGACCACCUUAAAGUUCAUCAGAGAGUUCACACAGGAGAAAAACCGUACGAGUGUCCUCACUGUGAAAAGAGAUUUAGCUGUAAACAUAGUCUGAAGAAACAUGUGUUUUUACACACCAAUGAGAGACCGUAUCAGUGCAGUGAAUGUGAAAAAGCCUUUAGGGAUUCAAGUUCAUUAAAAAAACAUCAGAAUACUCACAUUAAGGAGAAACUCUAUCAGUGUUCACACUGUGAUAAACGUUUCUGUCAUAAAUAUCAGCUGAUAAUCCAUGAGACAUUUCACACUGGAGAAAAAACUCAUCACUGUAGUGUCUGUGAGAAGAGUUUUAAUCGACAUGAAAGUUUAGUGACACACCUGACAAUUCAUACAGGUGACAAACCUUACCAAUGCUCUCAGUGUGACAAGACAUUUACUUCUUCAUCUUACUUAAAAGUCCAUCAGAGAAUUCAUACUGGUGAGAAACCUCAUCACUGUAGUGUCUGUGGGAGGAGUUUUAGUCGAAAGGCUACCUUACUAAAGCACCAGAGACUUCAUACAGGUGAAAAACCUUUCAAAUGCUCUCAGUGUGACAAGACGUUUGCUUAUUCGUCUUACUUAAAACUCCAUCAGAGAGUUCACACUGGAGAGAAACCUUAUCACUGUAGUGUCUGUGGGAAGAGCUUCUCUAAUUCAUCUCAUUUAAUGGUUCAUCAGAGAGUUCAUACUGGAGAGAAACCUUAUCACUGUAGUGUCUGUGGGAAGAGCUUCUCUAAUUCAUCUCAUUUAAUGGUUCAUCAGAGAGUUCACACUGGAGAGAAACCUUAUCACUGUAGUGUCUGUGGGAAGAGCUUCUCUAAUUCAUCUCAUUUAAUGGUUCAUCAGAGAGUUCACACUGGAGAGAAACCUUAAGAAACCGCCUCAGCCAGUCAGUAGUGAUCAGUGAUAUAUGUUGCGGGCGUUCAGUUCAUUCAUGCAAUUUUUUUUUAACCAGGUGAGGUGCCAAGGUGUGUGUGUGUGUGAGAUUUUCACAGAUCAAACUAUGUACAAAAGUGUUAAUUUGUGUUGAUUUUCAUAUUUUGUGUACACAUUUAUCAUUCUUAUAUCACAUUUAUCUCUUUUCUAAACUCUUUUGCUACGAAUCAAACUUGUUUAUUUUAUAUUGUGUGCUAUGUGAUUUUACAAGUUGGUUUUAAAGCCUUAAUGUCAUGAGACCAUAAUGCCAUUAAUUGUCCAUUGAACUUUUUUCAUUAAAUGUUUCAUUGUUAAAAUGCCCACUUAUCCCCAAACCAAACUGUUUCCACCUAUGUCCUCUGGCCAUACAGAAGUGUAUAAAGGACGUUAAGACUAAGGAACAAUUUUAUCCAGCAGACAGAAGAAUGUUAAGGAGUUCAAACAAUAAAUAACCCAAAUAUCUCUCUGUAAUUAUUUUAAUCUAAAAACAAACAUGAACUCAAUGCUGCAGUUGUUUCACAUAUAGUCAUAGCCUAGUGGAGUUGGGCUUGUAACCCGAGAGAUGCCGGUUUGAGGAUGAUCAGUGUAAUGCUUAAAUAAAAUAAAUAAUAAAAAUGAAUUUAAUUUUAAUAAUGAUAAUUAUAAUGUUCACCAUAUGAAUUUUAAAAUAUUCUUCACAUAAUAUAAUAUCAUAUUACAAAUAACAUUUGCUGAAAGUGCGAAUUAUGAACAUUUAAUCUACAAGGUUUUUUGCCCAGGCACAAGGAUAUAGUUUCUACUAGGAGUCCGUCACAACCUGAAAACAUUGUAAACACUAAUAUAUUCCCAGUUUUGUUUUAAGAAAAUGUAAUACUAAUUGGCAAGUUCACGGUUGCAUUCAUAAUUAAUCAAAGCAAACGUGCAAGGACAAUUAAUAAGUUUGGCUGUGGAUGCUUUGGAAGUUCUUCAUUAAACAGUUGAUCAAAAAUACAUGCAUGUGUGCAUAUUUAUAUACAAAGUUGUUAUACACAGUUCACACACAUUUAUGAUGUAAACAAAAACUUUUAUUAUAAAACGGGCAGUUCUGGUUCGCAUUCUAAGCCAUGAUAAAAUACCCCGCUAAACCCACGGUUCAGACUGCAUUACAUAAGUAUCAGUGCGCCACUGUUGUUGCGUACUGAUUUAUGAAAAUAAACACCACAGUCUUUAAUCAUAUUUUUAAUUUGUAAACAAUUGCACAAUUAUGGCGAUAUCCAGAUACAUGUCAAUAAAUAUUGUUGAGUCAUCUAAUCAAUAAAGAAAAAACGUUCGCUGAGCAGUGGCGGAUCUAUAAAAUUAUUAAUGGGGUGGCAUGAGAACUACGAGGGGUGGCAAUGAAGUAAGCAUCCUUGCAUGGUUGUUGUGGAUACAAGAAAUUAUAUACUGUAUAUACUAUAUU